AUGGCGAAAGUUCCUCGCAGUUUCCGCCUCCUCUCGGAGCUCGAGCACGGCGAGAAGGGUAUCGGAGAUGGAUCCUGCUCCUACGGUCUGAGGGACUCGGACGAUAUAGCAAUGUACGAAUGGAAUGGGACGAUUCUGGGCCCUCCUCAUUCCGCAUACGAGAACCGGAUCUUCUCGUUGUCAAUCUACUGCGGAGAUCGGUAUCCUGAUAUGCCCCCUUUGGUCAAAUUCGAAUCCAAGAUCAACCUCCCCUGCGUUAGCCCACAAGGUUUGGUGGAAUUCGCCCGUAUCCCCUCGCUCGCGAACUGGAGACGCGACUUUACGCUCGAGACUGUUCUCGUUGAGCUGAGACGCGACAUGAGCUCCCCACCCAACCGGAAGACGGCACAACCACCAGAGGGCGCCGAGUUCCCGCCAAUGGACCUGUCCAACCUGGCCAAGCAGCGCAGGAUGUGA